AUUGAUGAUGAAUAAGAAUAACAGACUGUGAGAACCACUUUCUUCUUCUUCUGAGAACCUGUGUCUCCUCCUCUGCUCCCUCCCAUUUAUCUCUCUUCACCACUCCCCUAAAAAAAAUUCUCAAUUCCCACCCAUAUUCUUCCCCGACUACGCUACAGUCUAAUCUAGAGAGAGAAAAAAAGGAAACAGUGAGAGAGAGAGAGAGAGAAAAUGGCGUCGGCAGCGAGAGUAGAUCUGGAUGGAAACCCCAUCAAGCCGAUAACGAUAUGCAUGAUUGGUGCCGGAGGCUUCAUAGGUUCGCAUCUCUGCGAGAAACUCAUGGCCGAGACGCCGCACAAGGUGUUGGCGGUGGACGUCUAUAACGACAAGAUCAAGCACCUUCUCGAACCGGCCUCCCUCCCCUGGUCUGAUCGUAUCCAGUUCCACCGCAUCAACAUCAAGAACGAUUCCAGGCUCGAAGGCCUCAUCAAGAUGGCAGAUCUGACUAUAAAUCUAGCGGCGAUCUGUACUCCGGCGGAUUACAACACACGUCCUCUUGAUACAAUUUACAGCAAUUUCAUUGAUGCUCUCCCUGUGGUUAAGUACUGUUCGGAAAACAACAAGCGUAUCAUUCACUUCUCUACCUGUGAAGUCUAUGGGAAAACAAUUGGAUGCUUUCUUCCUAAAGAUCACCCUCUACGGCUGGAUCCUGCUUAUUUUGUUCUUAAAGAAGAUGAUUCCCCCUGCAUUUUUGGCCCUAUUGAGAAGCAGAGGUGGUCCUAUGCUUGCGCUAAGCAAUUGAUUGAGAGGCUGAUCUAUGCUGAGGGUGCAGAGAACGGUCUCGAAUUCACUAUUGUUAGACCUUUUAACUGGAUUGGUCCCAGGAUGGACUUCAUUCCCGGCAUCGAUGGCCCCAGUGAGGGUGUUCCAAGAGUUUUGGCAUGCUUUAGUAAUAAUCUUCUGAGACGCGAACCGCUCAAGCUCGUGGAUGGUGGCCAAUCGCAGAGAACAUUUGUUUAUAUCAAGGAUGCUAUUGAAGCUGUUCUACUAAUGAUUGAAAAUCCAGCCAGGGCUAAUGGGCAUAUAUUCAACGUCGGCAACCCCAACAAUGAAGUUACUGUCAGGCAACUUGCUGAAAUGAUGACUCAGGUUUAUUCGAAGGUGAGUACAGAACCUCCUCUGGAAGUACCCACCAUUGAUAUAAGCUCCAAAGAAUUCUACGGUGAGGGGUACGACGACAGUGACAAGAGGAUCCCUGACAUGACCAUAAUCAACAGACAACUCGGUUGGAAUCCCAAGACAUCGCUUUGGGACUUGCUUGAAUCUACCCUUACCUAUCAACACAGGACAUACGCCCAGGCCAUAAAACAGGCCAUUUCAAAACCACUUGCGUCCGGCUAAGGAAAUAAUGCUUCAAUUCUUUCCAAGGAGUUUAGAAAUCUAUAACUAGACUAUGGUUCAUAUUCAUUCUCCUAUUUUCUUUUUUCUUUUUGUCAUUAGUUAGUAGUAUCUCCAGAGUUUUGGCUACCACACGGUGUGGGUAUUAAUAUUAUACGAGCAAAGCCCGUUCUGUUUUUAUUUUUUUUUUUUUUGAGAUUCAUUGCAUUCCUUAAUAAAAGGAGUAUGUUGUAUUAUUUGUUUGGACCUAUUUUUUUAAUCUCAUGUUAUUUAUUUGUUAAUUUGUUUUA